GACUGGCGUGGCUCGUGUUUUUCACUACAGUUUUGUUGUAGUUUGUGAUGUUGACACAUUUAGAGAAGCAGCAAUGUCUUUGCAGAGCCUGCCAGUCCGGGAUGCUUCCUUCCAUGUGCGCUUGCUACAGCAGUAUCUAGUCCUCCUGAAGAAUUACCCGAUCCUCACUAAAUCUGUGACCAGUGGCAUCCUCUCAGCUUUAGGUAAUCUACUUUCUCAGGGUUUAGAGGCAAGAAAAAAGGCCAAAAGUGGAGCCUCGGUCAAUGACAUCGAUGUGGCUGGAAUUGCACGUUAUGCCAUUUAUGGGUUGGUUAUCACAGGGCCAGUGAGCCAUGUGUUUUACCAGCUGAUGGAGCUGUGGAUGCCCACAACAGACCCGCUCUGCAUAGUCAAGAGACUGAUGCUGGAUCGCCUCGUUUUUGCCCCCGGCUUUCUCCUCCUUUUCUACUUUGUUAUGAACGUCCUUGAGGCUAAAGGAUGGGAAGACUUUGAAAAGAAGAUGAGAGGAAGCUACUGGACUGCUCUGAAGAUGAAUUGGAAAGUCUGGACCCCCUUCCAGUUUGUAAAUAUCAACUUUGUGCCUGUUCAGUUUCGUGUGCUGUUUGCCAACAUGAUCGCCUUGUUCUGGUAUGCAUACCUUGCAUCUGUGAGGAAAUGAAAGCUCUUGAGAUUUCCCAGAUGAGCAAAGGACCAAAAAAGAAAACACCUUCCUCAAGUGGUCAAUAAUUUCUUACAUGCAUCUUCUCUCCGGAUUAACAUUUUACUAUCAUGUUGUUAGGUGUUUUAAACCUGCGUGCUUGUUGAUAUGAGAAAGAAGGCACUUAGUUAGAAAUAAAGACAAACAACUUCUCUCAAUUAAAGUUUUUCUUAUUGGAGAUUCAAAGUAAACUUACACACGGACCUUUUCUGUUUGGCUGACAAGAGAUAAGGGAUCUACUUCAAGUGAUUAAGAGCUAAACUACAUAAAUGUGUGUGAUACUUCCACAGGCUUUGCCUGCGUGUGAGUGUGAGCCAGGCCAGAACACACAAAUGAUGUUUGGGUCUUUUUAAUCUAUCUCUUAGUUGUCUGCAACUCCUGCAAAGGCUCAAAUAAAUGUAUUCCUAACACUGUACAACAAUUUUAAUUAAUUUAUAACAUGCUGCUGUAACAGUUUCACUGUAUUUUUUGUUCUUAUUGUUACCUGUUGCCUGAAGCUUAUAUAAUAAUACUUGAAUUAAAUGACUGAAAAAUGCUAGUAAACCUACUGGAAUCAAAUUAGUAGUUUAAAUGGGAAAGCUUUUGUUUUUGUUACUUUUGUGGUUAUGAUAUUGAUGUGAGCUCCACCUACUGAGCUGAGGAAAAAACAACAGGAAAUGUGACAUUUUCAUCACAGACUUUAUUGAAUUUUUUUGAUAAAACUCGAUUAACAUGUAUUUGUUAAAAUAAAUCACUAAUAUGAUCUCCUGUGGUCAUUGUAUACAUAUAAAUGUAAUGACACAUUAAAAAUAAAUAAAUAAAACUAUGCAAAGGAAUGUAUGAGAAUAAAAGAAGAAGAAG